AUGCACUCAGCUGGGCCUCACGGGGCUGAGUCCCCGAUGAGCAGGCAGGAGGAGAAGGAUGCAGAGCUGGACCGGAGGAUAGUCGCCCUUCGAAAGAAGAACCAGGCCCUAUUGCGCAGGUACCAGGAGAUCCAGGAAGACCGACGGCAGGCAGAGCAGGGGGGAAUGGCUGUGACCACACCGGAGCUCCUUCGUCCUCAUGGCCUCACUGUCACCGUCAGCCAGGUUCCUAGAGGAAGACCCACUGGGGAGGCAGGGUGGGGUGGCAGGGAGGGGAAGCGGGUGGUCAGCCAGAACUGGGCAAGGAGUGCCCUUGGACCUGGAGCAGCCAGUGAGAUUCUUGAGAAUGAGCAGGCAGAGGCCCACACUGGCACCUUCUGUUUGGGGGAGCGGGUGGAUCUGGCCGUGACCAUGGAAAACAAAGCCGAGGCCAAGCGUAUCGUAAGUGAGAAGCCCACCAGAGCACGGAACCAGGGAGCAGAAGGGUCACAUGGAGGGGGCUUGGGCCAGAGCCCCUCCAUGCCGACGGCCAUCAGCUCAGAUUCUGCAUGGAAGGCUGUCCGGGAGCCCCGGAAUCCAGCCCUGGUCCCAGGCCCAGCUCCCCGCCGGACACCGGGGGCCCCCCUGGAGGUGGGCUGGGACUAUGCCCAAUGGAAGCAAGAGCGGGAGCAGAUUGACCAGGCCCGCCUGGCACGACACAGAGACUCACAGGGUGACUGGCGCCGCCCGUGGGACCUGGACAAGGCCAAGCCCACGCGACAGGGCUCCAGCAAGCCUCGGGAAGAGGGCCCAGCCAGGGUGGGCAGCACGAGGGGUCCCAGGAGCCAGCGAAAGCUACAGCCUCCACCACUGUCCCCUGAUGGCAAAGGCAGUGCUACUCGGGGUGGGCAACAGGGCAGACCCGUGGUGGCACUGGCCACACGCAGCAAGGCUCGAGGGACAGAGAGGCUGACUGGCAGGGCCCGCAGGUGGGAAAUGAAGGAAUACAGGGAGGAGCCAGAGAGCCAGGAGGGAAGCCAAAGUACCAGAAAGACUCCGAAUGAGAAGGAACAUGAGCAGACUCAGAGCAGGAUGGAGCCGGGCGGACUCACCUGUGCCCCGGGAACCACCCCCACCGCAGCAUCAGCAUCACCAGAGGGGCUGAAAGAGGAGUCGGGAGAUUUGGCAGCCAGUCCAGCCAGUCCAGCCAGUCCGGGCUCUCCACCAAAUUCAGACUUGGUUCCCCUCGAUCUCUCUCUAGGAGGCGCCAGUAGCUCUGGGCCUCAGGAGAGGGUCUGUGUGCCCAGUUCAAAGCCUGGGGCCCAGGAGAGCUCUGUGUCCCGGCUGGAAGGCCAUGAGCAGCCCCUGGGGUCGACCGAGCCCCAGGCCGAGCCAGAAGCCCAGACUUGUUCUGGGCCCCCCAAAGAGGCAGGGCCCCUGGAACCCAGAGAAGACAGGCCUGGCAAGGCUGGGACCCAGCAGGGCCUGACACCUCGGAGCAGGGCCCCUAGAGGAGGCAGCCAAAGGGCGAGGGGUGCGGGAGGUGUGAGGAGCAGGACAGGGGGUCCUGGCCCUGCAGGAAGAUGCUGA